CAAAGGGUCAUUUUUUAUCUUGCAAUUCUGCCAAAACCACUUAAGGACUCAGAGGUUUCUGAAAUAAUACCUCUUUUUCAAAAUACGAGACCACCACUUGAACUUCUGGAAUUUAUAUAUAAAAGCAUUCAGAAAAUAUCAGAUUCUUAAGAACUCUAAGAUGAUUCGGAAGGACUUGCGCGUGUCGGGAACUUACUUGUUAUGUAAUGGCAAUCGCAUCCACAAAUUCAGGAUAAAAUGGCGUUCAAAGAGUACACCCACUAUGGAGCAAAGACGUGAAGUGAUGCGAGUAACUGAAGACAUUGUGAAAACAAAUAAUCUUCCAGAAAGAAUAACAACGGGUCAGCUGAAAAUUACGACCAAAAUAUCUUUCUGGAGUCCUAGAUCCAAAGCAUUCUCCUUACGUCAGUUUAGGUCUGAGAAGCAAGGGCAUCUUUCAGCACAUAAACAUUCAUAUGUUUUGAGGGUUUCUCUUGCUGAUAGCAAAGAACAACAAGACUGUGAACAUGUGCAUACUUUUUCUUUCAUGCACAGCGAAGUUGGUUGGAAAAAUGAAUUACUACCAUUUCAUCCAGAGAAGAAAGUUGUUGAAACUGUUGCCAAUGGCAUUAAUUUUGUACAAAUGAAUGGGAUACAAUUGCACACCAAAGAUGCAGGUGCUAUGAUGCAUGAUGGUAAACAUAUGCAUCAGAAUCAAGCAAAUACAAAAGAGUCAGUUGAAGUAAUAGUAGACAGAUAUGAUGGAGAACAACAUUUUGCAAGAACCAAUGAAACCGAACAAGAUUUUGUUUCAAGAAAACAACAUUUUGCAAGAACCAAUGAAACCGAACAAGAUUUUGUUUCAAGAAUUGAAAAAUUGGAAAAACUGGUGGAGAGAGCUUGUAUGGCUGCCAAAGUCCAUCAGAAUCAAGCUAUGAUUGUUGGUUAUAACAAAGAACAACAUGCCUCAGAAGUAGCAGCAGCCAGCAUGAAAACAGAAAUUAUAAAUAGCAGUGGGGCAGCUAGUCCCACAAUAAAGUUACAUCAUGAUUUAGAAUAUGAACCCAAUGAAAUUGGGAACACUGUUAAUGCUGGGAAAAACUCCUCCUUUCCAAUUAUAGAUGCAGGAACACACUGCCAAAAUGAAACCAUAUUAACACAUGACAAAUAUGUUAAACAUCCAUCUUCAACUAACAAACUGGCUGCAGCUCAUCUGCAGGUUGUCACUACUCACUGGAAAUUUGGUAACAUCAAAGUUUCUACGAACAGAAACUUAGACACGUUUGAUAUAAGUAAAGCUGCAAUCCACAGGCAGUGUUCAGCUUGUAAUAUCCAUGUACAUAAGGUGCCUGUAGACUACAAGGAAAAAAAUGCCGUGGCAAAACUUCAGGCAUGUGAGUUACCGUUGACAGUUAGCUCGUACAGUGCACUCAGUCAUGAUACUUGCACAGUAAGACAGAAUUACAAGUUGCCUGAUAAAAUGAGUGUGUGUAGUAAAAUAACUGCAGAUGUUGCGAUCAAACGUAAAAGGCGGCACAAUCAAAAUGAAAGUGAAAUUUGUGAGUUACCAAAGAAGAAAAGAGUGACAAGUGCAGGUAUAGCCCCAGUAAUUUUGGGACCUCCAAGUUUCCAAGAAUUCAGCCCUUAUCAUGAAGGUGUGAUGUCAGUAUUCAAUGCCUUGAAAACAUUUCAAAAUAUUCUUGGUGGAGCUGAAGGUAGAAACAAAGUAGAAUCAAAUCUUACAGAUCUUGGUGAAAAUUUGGAGAAUUGGCUUACGUAUCAAAGUAGUCUUUCAAGAUUAAGGGCUGUGCCUAGGGUUAAUAGUGACAAAAAAUUGAGAGAGAUACGUAGAUAUAUAAUACGAUAUUUAAGAAACAGAAAUGCAAAUAUGGCAUUUUCCCAAGAAAAUGAAAAACUUUUAUGUUCUUCUCCGGAUUUGCGAAUUUGUGAUACACAUUCUGACCAUCACACUAAAAGAGCACUUAUUAUGAGGUCAGAAGGAAAUGAAAUUAUAAUGCAAGAUUUAUCCAAAGAAUCUUGGCAGAGCACUCUUGGUAAAAUUGGAGGAAGAUGCUACAAAAAUUCAUCAGCAGUACAAAUGAAGUCUGAGUCACACGUGUGCUCUAGUGGUAAUCAACAAACAUGUGUAUCAAGUCAGAGUCAAGAGCUGAGAGCAUUCAACUCAACUGUUAGCAUUAAGCAACAAACAGUAGAAGAAAAUAAUUCAUUACAAGACAACCUUCAUAAGUCAAAAAUGUGUGAGCCUGCAGUAGAACACAUUGGUGAAACUGAGAGUUCAAAUGUCCAAAAUGUCAAGGUUGGAUUGAUUGAUAACAGAAAUUAUCAACCAUUGGAUGCAGAAAAUGCUGAAAAAUUAAGAUAUAUGGUGAAAGGAAAUAAUGGCAUGUACAAAUGCACAGCAACAAGUGAAAACUUACCAAAAGACAAGGGGAAAUACAAAGUAGAAACUAAUGGUGUAGUACACAUAUUAAGUUUUGGAGAUGAUUUUUCUGGCAUAAUCAAACCAAGGUGCUCUUCUAUGGAAGAAGAAAUGCAUUUAGGAAGGGUAAAGAGACCUGUCCAAGUUCACUAUGAUGAAAUUUGUAUACCCAAUGUUUCGUAUUAUAGAUCACCACAUUUUAGUGCUACGAAUUCAGUAAAGCAAAAGGACAAUAUUGGUUGCAGCAGUGGCCCUGUUCUGUUUGAGAGGGAUAAUGCACUAGAUACUGCGUCUGGUAGUUGCAGUCAUUUACAAAUUAACAGUGAAUUGAAAGUUUCUCAGCAUUCUUUAGCAAAACCCAUUACCAGCAAGACUGCUGAUGUAUCACCCAAAGAGGUCUUGUUGAAUGCUGCCAUGAAAUUGGCAUCUUUGAAAGAACUUCAAACCAUUCCUUCAAUCCGUGCACUUCGUACAACUUUGAUACAGCAAGGAGUUGACAAGGCCAUAGAGCAAACAAAAUUGUCAUCUUCGGUGUAUCCUGAGUGUUAUAUUUCUACUUGCUCACAGGAUUUUUCUUUACAUGAAAUCCCACUAAAAUCAAGAUCAAGAACAGUCACAACUGCUUCAGAUAGCUGCAACACAUUAGACAGAUUUGAAGAUUGUUCUAAUACAAACACUGCUGGAUCUUUGACAGAAAUUUAUUCAUCAGUAUUUGAAGGUUCAGCUAAGAAUGAUUGUAACAAUAUAAACAGGUCUCAGAACUGUAGACCUCAAAGUUUUCACAGGAAAAUGUCAUUUGAAAAGAUCGUGCCUCCAGACCCUGUUGCACCAUCAGUUCACAGUAAGACAUGUGUAAUUGCUAAUCCUGUUAGAGUGAAUGUUGGGAAAUUGUUAUCGUGUUCCAAAAUACAAGUAUUCUUCACAACGGAACUUUAUGUAAAUGCUGAUUGUCUGCCUAGAUUAACUGACUGUAAACUACACAAUAUGUCACCAAACUCACAGGCAUCAUCAAAUGGGGAAGGUGAUUUGAUUAAAUCUUUCCUUCAAUUAAUGGCAUUUAAUGCAGCUCAGAAAGCCUGCUCAAGUUUCAGCAAUCAACCUAGUAUGGCAAAUCAGUCUCCAAGAUUCAAAAUUUCUGAAAGAAACAAACUGCAUGCAACUUCCCCUAGUGAAUGUGUUGUUAAUCCAAAUAAAAUGACACUUUCUCAUGCAUACAACUUUUUAAAAUGUACAUGUCUUUCCAUAGAAACAAGAGAAUCCAUUUCAUCUACGUUUUCUCACUGUAAGUGCCCUCCUUCGGUUAAAUUCCAGGGUGUAUCUGCUUUCUAUACUGUGAUGGGCUCUCAAGCAAAAAGAAUAACUCCUCGUAGACAGUUAAUUGACAUAAUUCAUAACAUUAAAUCAGAUGUAAAGGAUAGAAGCAAUAUUUGUGACAGACAGCACUGUUUUUAUUUUCAUGUUGAUGAAGAAGAAUCAGUUGAAGGGUUUUACUCAACAGUAGAAAAAUACUGCUCAGCUCUUUCUAAAUUUCACAGCCAUCAAUAUACCUCAUCAAGAAGCAUUGAGAUACUUCUGCGCGACAUAUGGUUACCGGGACACAAGCAUAGUAUAUCAUUUUAUGUAAACUUACCCUUGCAGAAAUGUAAAUGCAGCUAUUGUGGUUUGGAUACUACUGUAGAAUUAUGCCUCAAUUGUGGUGAACUUUUUGAGCGGACAGAAUUGGGGAAUUAUGUUCCUUUCGACGAUCAAAAAACUCCAGAGCAUGUAAAUAUGAAAAUGGAAACUAGCGAAGCAGCUGUCGAAGUUUUGAACCUGGUAAAUAAUCUGUAUUUAUGCAAACCAGUUGUUGUUGUACAACAAACUGAUACCAAUGUGUGUAAGCAGAAUAAAACUAGUGGACGUAUAAGGAAAAAACGUAAGCAUCUGUGCUGCACAGUCUAGGAAAGCUUCAGCACAAAACAGGACGGUAUUUUGUUGCAUAAUACAUUGGAAAUGUGCGAAAUAAGGACAUUUCAGUGUUCAAGGGGGAACCAACCUCUAUGUAUAUUAUUCUGUUAAUAGCUGUGAUAAUGUAAGUUGCUGUUUUUCAAGAUAAUGUUUCCAAAGAAAGAAAAUUAUUAUAUUAAGUGAAUGGUAUCAGCACUGGAGCACAAAGGUCCCAGUAUUUGAAAUCAAUUAAACCAGAUAAUGAUUAUUCCCCCCCCUCCCCCCCCCCCUUCCUAUGCACACUACCACUGCAUAAGUGAUGAAUUAUCUUCUUACAAAUGUUUCCUUUGUCAGAAGGGACAGAUAGGGAAUGUUAAAAUUUGGGUGCCCUCACUGUAAUUUUUUCUGUAAAUAUUUUCACCUUUCAUGGUGGUUUGUUUUUCUCCCUCUCUGAUGAUGGUGAACAUCAUCUUACCAUUAACGGUUUUUUGUGUGCGUGUGUUUUCUCAUCGAGCUAAGCCUUUUCUUUUUAAUUUCUUCAAAUGAACAGUUGAAUUAAGAAACUAGAGACUCAACAACUCCUGUGUGUGUGUGUGUGUGUGUGUGUGUGUGUGUGUAGGGGGGACCUAAAUCAGUUGUUCCUUUUUCCAGUAAGUAAAUGCUCUUCUGUCACAAGUUGUAAUUUUCAGUUUGACUUUUGAAAGGUAACAGACUAACCCCCCACCCCCAGUAUUGUGGAGAAUAUUUUCUUUUAUGGAUGAUUCUGUGCAACAGAAAAGUAAUAUUUUAUAAUAGAAGGAAUAUUUAUUUGUAUUUUUCACAUGACUGACAGGAAACAUAAGCUCCAUGUGUUCUAGCUGGACAUAAAUAAUUUAUUUUAAUAAUCACAACAGUUGUUAUAGUGAUGUUAUUUGUGUAUAUAUAUCUAUAAUAAUGUUUUUCCUGUGCCUUCUGAUUUGUUUGUAACAUAUGUGGUGUCUGUUUUACACUA